UGGGCGAGUGGGCGCCUGGGCGGCGGGAAUAUAUAUGUCUUCUGUUUUUCAAUGGUUGCAUAGAAAUUUAAAUCCGAGGAAAGGGCGAGGUGUGUUAGUGAGUAUCAGUGCUCUGAGCCGAGGAUGUAGGAGCCGACGCCUUUCCUCACUCACUGGAAGGGAGAAAUGGGAGGACCCAGUGGUGCCCAUUAACUCAAAGCUUUUCUCAGUCUUUGCAAUGACUACGCUUUGGAAAGAUAUUUUGCAAAAUGUGCAGCUCAUUCAAUAUGUGGCUCCCAUUGCAAUAGAUGUAGCACUACUUGAAGGUGUUCUAAUGAGGACUAAAGAUGACCCCAAUGCUUCUGAUGUUGUGAAUUUUGCACCUUUUACACUGUUCCCAUCUCCAGUACCAAAAAGUCUGCUUGAACAAGCCUAUUCCAUUCAACAAGAUUUUAACCUACUAGUGGAUAAAGUUAGCCAGGAUACAGAAUUUCUAGAAGUCACUCUUGCCAGUAUCCUUAAAGUGGAUGAUUUUACAGCUCAACUGUUUAAAAUUUAUAAGCAGGUUUUGGAUGAAGGAAUUGCUCAGUCAUUGGUUUUAGGAAUCAAUCGCUCUGAUUACAUGUUUGACUAUGGUGCAGAUGGUUCUCCAGCUCUAAAACAAGUGGAGAUAAAUACCAUUGCUGCAAGCUUUGGAGGCCUCACAUCUCGAACCACUACAGUACACCGGCAUGUGCUGAAUGUUUUGGGGAAAUCAAAGGAAGCCUCAAAAUUGCUUUCCAAUAAUCCAUCGAAAGGAAUUGCUAUGGGCAUUGCAAGAGCUUGGGAACUCUACGGCUCAGAUAGAGCAGUGGUGAUGUUUCUGGUUGAAGAGGCUCAGAGAAAUAUUUUUGACCAACGUUGUAUAGAAAAUGAACUAUGGAUAAGGAAUAUCAAGGUGAUCCGAAAAAGUUUUAAAGAUGUGUUUGAAAAAGCAUCUUUGGACAGUGAAAAGAAACUGUAUAUAGAUGGGGAGGAAGUAGCAGUGGUAUAUUACAGAGAAGGCUAUAUGCCAAGAAGUUAUAAUGAACAGAACUGGGAGGCACGGUUAUUGCUGGAAAAGUCCAGAGCAGUUAAGUGUCCUGAUAUAGCUACACAGCUUGUUGGAACCAAAAAAGUUCAGCAGGAGCUCAGCCGACCAGGAGUCCUGGAAAGAUUCUUGCCAAAUGAACCAGAAGCAGUGGCUCGAUUGAGAGCAACAUUCACAGGUCUCUACUCCUUGGAAAUGGAUGAAGAGGGUGAUAAGAUGGUUGCCAUUGCUAUUGCUGACCCAGACCGAUUUGUGUUAAAACCACAAAGGGAAGGAGGAGGGAAUAAUCUCUAUGGAGAUGAGCUUAAGCAAGUUCUGGAGAAAAUUAAGGACAGUUCUGAGAGGACUUCUUAUAUUCUCAUGGAUAAGAUAAAGGCUCCCCCAACACUAAAUUACUUAUUGAGGGCUCAUUGUCCACUGAAAAUAUCAGAAUGUGUGUCUGAAUUGGGAAUCUUUGGAGUCUAUAUCAGACAUGGUCAAAAGUUUGUGAUGAACAAGCAUGUGGGUCAUCUCUUGAGAACAAAGGCUAUGGAACAUGCAGAUGGUGGAGUAGCAGCUGGUGUAGCUGUCUUGGAUACUCCCUAUGUGAUAUAAAAAAAGGACACAUUUUUAAGGCACAAUUGCCAAAUAGCAGACUUCGUAAUCAGACUUAUAACAAUUCUUUAAUAAUUUGCAGUCCUAUCAGAAAAUAGAGGACUCUAAAUUACCUACACUGAAAUUUUCUGCAAUAUUCUGUCAAAGAUGCACCUCACGGACUUAAUGUGUUUUAAACAAUCAUGGUCAACUCGCUGAUAAACGUCUCCUAAAAGAGCAUGUGGAUUGCUGAUAGCAGAAAAUAUUCUUAAUAACUUUCUACAUAUUCAAGAUGUAAUUCUAUUUUUCUCAAAGUAGCAUUAAGGAAUUAAAUUCUUCCAGAAUACAGACUUUUGGAAAACUUCCUAUUUCUGUCUGAAAAUGACCUGAGAACAAAUAAUUGUGUAUUCAAGUUGGUUUUUAUGGUGCUUUUGAUAAGCUCCUUUGAAAGAUGCACAAAUACUAGCAUUGGGUAAAGGGACAUAAUAAAAAGCAUAACAUCG